AUGUCGUCCAGCAGCAGCACAGGAGAUGUUCUCCAGCAGGUCAACCAAUUGUGGUCCAUGCUGGACGACCUUUGCGAGAACGACCCAGAAGCUUACCGUAGAUUCAUGGAGAAACAGGUGAAAUCCGGCAUGGAGUACAACGCACCGCCUCAGCUCGAUUCGUGUAUAUGCGUCGACAUGCUGGAACCACAGGGAGGCUCGCUGUACAUUAACAUAUGCAGUUGGAAGCGUGUGCCAGCAUCCCAGGAUCCUAGUAAGCCAUUACCUGUGUAUGCUGGAAGCCUGGAGGCACACACAGAUGAAGGUGCUUAUACUGUGCUGGACAUAGCCUUUAACCCUGAGGUGCUGCAGCAAUCUAAGAAAGACAAGGCUGAGAUGGACCAAAUCUACAAACUUGCUCUCAGCUUUGCCCAGCAGCAGCACGGGCUGAAGUUGUCUCAGCAGUAUAAUGUUGUUAGCUUUUGCCCCAAAAAUUGCCCAGAGGACUUGUGCCGCCGCCUCAGCUUCCAGCAGCAGAGACUGACUGCAGACAAGCAGUCAGAUUCAGCCAUACAGAGCCCGGAGUCCCUCCUGCAGAAAAUUAGCUCCUUGCGCUUGGAGAAAGACGACAAGGCUGAUAUCGUCCGUCAGCCCGCUGUGCGUAAGAAAAGCUUGAUCGAGGUAAUCUCCUCCACCACAAACGAGCAGCCUGAAAAGCCUGAGUACCGACUAGAGGUGAGGGCUGACGCCGAGGGAUUUCCCUGCAAACUGGAGCUGACUGUGGAUCUGCCCAAGAUUAGCUCCAUGUCGGAGUGGCAGCUCAAGAUGUCCAAGGAUGAUGUACUGCUAGAGGUGGAGGACAUCUACUACUUGCUCCUGGACUUUCCAAAAGCUGUCAAUGAAAACAGCGCUGUUGCAAUCUUUAACAAGCGGAGUCGAAAGCUUACGGUAACCGCAGAUAUUUUGUGA